AAAAUCCUCUAUCUCUCCAAUAAUUCUUUCAUCUUUAUCUCCUUCAAAUUUUCGAGGAAGACCUGCUCCAGUUUCAUUUUUCGUCAAGCUGUUGUUGUUGAUCUGGAAAACGCGUAUCUACAUAUAUGGACAGGAUAGUCGGAGGAAAGUACAAACUCGGUCGGAAGAUCGGAAGUGGAUCCUUCGGUGAAAUUCAUCUAGCCACGCAUGUUGAUACGUUUGAAAUCGUCGCCGUGAAGAUCGAGAACAAUAAGACAAAACAUCCUCAACUUCUAUAUGAAGCCAAGUUAUACAAUAUUCUUCAGGGAGGAAGUGGUAUACCUGCUAUAAAAUGGUCUGGUGUAGAUGGAGAGGAUAACAUUUUGGUACUCGAUUUGCUUGGACCAAGUCUUGAGGACCUAUUUGUCUAUUGUGGGAGGAAAUUUCAGUUAAAGACAGUCUUAAUGUUGGCUGAUCAAAUGAUUACGAGAAUCGAGUAUGUACACUCCAAAGGGUUUUUGCAUCGUGAUAUCAAGCCUGAUAAUUUUCUCAUGGGUCUUGGUCGAAAAGCAAACCAGGUUUAUAUUAUCGAUUUUGGGCUUGCAAAAAGAUAUCGUGAUGCAACAACCCAUCGACACAUUCCUUACAGGGAGAACAAAAAUUUAACUGGAACAGCACGUUAUGCAAGUUGCAAUACUCAUCUUGGAAUUGAGCAAAGUCGACGUGAUGAUUUAGAGUCUCUUGGAUAUGUACUUCUAUAUUUUCUUAGAGGAAGCCUUCCAUGGCAGGGUCUAAAAGCUGCCACAAAGAAGCAGAAGUAUGACAAAAUAUGUGAGAAGAAAUUGUCAACUCCAAUUGAGGUUCUAUGCAAGUCUCACCCUGUGGAAUUUGCUUCAUACUUCCAUUAUUGCCACUCAUUGACCUUCGAUCAACGCCCUGAUUAUGGAUUUCUCAAACGUUUAUUCCGAGAAUUAUUCACUCGUGAAGGAUUUGAAUUUGAUUAUAUCUUUGAUUGGACAAUUCUUAAAUACCAACAGUCACAAAAGAAUAAAACUCAACCACAUGGAUUGCCAGGUCAUGGAGAAAGCAGCAGUGGGGCCAUUCGAAAAGAUAUGGAAAAACAUCAAGUUACAGGAAGCAACAAUGCUACUUAUUCAGCUGAAUUAACAGACCGCAUGAGGUCAAACACAGCCGCCAGUCCCGGCAUCCGAAUGCAAAUAAAAUCACCAAUCAACCGAAUGACUCCCGAAAAUCCUCCCGAAAGAAAUAUGUUGAGUCAUUUGCAAAUGCCACAAUCAUCAUCUGGGCCAAAAAGAUACACAACAAAACCAUCAGACUCCAACAACAACACUAAUCAUCAUCCAAUUCCAGACACUACUACUACUACUACCACAACAACAGGUCCUUCCAGCAGUUGGAUUUCCUCCUUACGCCGUAUUUCUUCCGCUAAGUAAACUUGUGAGGAGGGUGUGUAUUGUCAUUUCACAUAUACCGCCAAUUCAGCAGCUUUUGUGCCUUGCUGAAGAAGCUAUCACUAUUCACUAUGAAUGUAAAUUGAAUGGGUUCAUGUUCA